CCGUAGUUGUUAGUUGACGUUCUCAGCUCGUCGAGUAAAUACUUUCAACCCAAUUUUUUUUUUUGCAAAUGGCUCACCAACUAACGAUCUCGACGAUCUCACUGCUGGUGCUCGGACUUUUUGUCGUCUCAUCGAGCGCUGGUAAUCAGAUUCGAGGCAGAUUUAACACAGAUCCAGGACGCAUCGUCAAUGGCUCCUUGGCCAGCAUGGAGGCGACGAGACAUCAAGUCAGUCUGCGACGUCGCCUCAACGAUGGCUACUUCUUUGGCACCGGGCACAUCUGCGGUGGCACUCUGGUCAGACCCAAUGUGGUAGUGUCUGCUGCGCAUUGUUUUGUCGACCAGGUCAUAUACGAUGGCACAUUCCUCUCCAAGGACGAUUUCAUUGUGGUGAUGGGCAAUGUGGAUCGCUUCAAUCAGACACAGACGAUGACCUUUGACAUCGAGCAUCUGUUUCUGCGCCUCGACAAAUUCGUACUGAGCACCUACGACGAGGACAUUGCGGUGCUCAUAUUGAACGACUCGGUGCCCACCAAUCAUCCGACCAUUCGUCCCAUUGAGUUGGCUUCACUCGCCACGCCGGCGGGUCAAGUGUGCCAGGUGACGGGUUGGGGCACCACCGAGGAGGGCUACGGCUCCGACUACCUCAUGACACUCGAUGUGCCCAUCAUCAGCGAGGAGGUGUGCGUCAAUGACACCGAUCUAGGUCACUUGCUGUUGCCGGGCAUGAUCUGCGCUGGAUAUGAAGAAGGCGAACGCGAUGCCUGCUCGGGUGACUCGGGUGGUCCGCUAGUCUGUCAGAGUCAGCUGGCUGGCGUUGUGUCCUGGGGCAUUGGCUGUGCGUUGCCUCGGUUUCCGGGAGUGUACACCGAGAUAGCUUACUACUACGAUUGGAUUGAGGAGAAAAUCGCCAGUGUCGAUGGCGAUGGCAGCGGGGAUGGAGAAACUAGUGGAGAUGGCAGCGGUGAUGAUGGUGAAAGUAGUGGAGACCAGAGUGGAGAUGGCAGCGGAGAUGAUGGCGAAAGUAGUGGAGAUGGCAGCGGCGAUGGAAACAAAGGCGAUGGCGCUGCGACCAUUUCCAUUUCCGCCGCUCUGCUGCUAUUGAUGCCCACUGUGCUCAGCCUAAAUUUGUAGCUUUAAAACUCUAAAUUUGUAAUAAUAAAAGUAGCCUGCGGCUAGUCAAUCAAA